ACAUUGACCGAUUUACAUCGUUAGCCAUCGCUUCUUCUACCUCACCAAUCCAAUCAAAUACAAACUCCAUUUUUUCACAAAGUUUUGGGUUUAAACACUGAAAAAAUGGCUUCCGUUUGUGCUUCUUCUGCUAUUGCAGCUGUGGCCAUUUCUUCUCCCAGCUCUCAGAAGACUUUGACUAGUUUGGGUGCAACAAAGGGUGCUUUUCUUGGUGGGAAGAAAUUGAGAGUUAGGAACUACACAGCACAGACCAGGUCAAGUUCUGUGACUGUUUGUGCUGCAGCGGAUCCUGAUAGGCCACUAUGGUUCCCAGGCAGCACUCCUCCCCCAUGGCUUGAUGGAAGCCUUCCAGGAGACUUUGGUUUUGAUCCUCUUGGCCUUUCAUCCGACCCCGAAAGCCUAAGAUGGAACGUGCAAGCAGAGCUUGUGCACUGCCGGUGGGCAAUGUUGGGUGCCGCCGGAAUCUUCAUCCCCGAAUUCUUGACGAAGAUCGGAAUCCUAAACACCCCAUCAUGGUACUCAGCCGGAGAGCUUGAAUAUUUCACAGACACAACCACACUUUUCGUAGUGGAGCUCAUUUUCAUCGGCUGGGCUGAGGGUAGACGAUGGGCAGAUAUUCUCAAGCCCGGAAGCGUCAACACCGACCCGAUCUUCCCAAACAACAAGCUCACCGGAACAGAUGUUGGAUACCCAGGUGGGCUCUGGUUCGACCCGCUUGGUUGGGGAACCGGUUCUCCCGAGAAGAUCAAGGAGUUGAGGACCAAGGAGAUCAAGAAUGGGCGUUUGGCUAUGUUGGCUGUGAUGGGUGCUUGGUUCCAACAUAUUUACACUGGCACUGGCCCAAUUGAUAACCUUUUUGCUCACCUUGCUGAUCCUGGCCAUGCUACCGUUUUCGCUGCUUUCACACCCAAGUGAGGAAGACAGAGAUAUUUGAAUCUGGGAUUGAUAAGAAAGUUUUAAUUAAGAAAGGCAGGGGGGCUUAAGAGAUGUAUAUGUGUUUGUUCCGAGGGAAAAUUUGUUGUGGUUAAUUUGGACCUGUAAUGCCUCUUGUAGUGUGUAUUAUAUAGAAUCUUCUUGCAAUGUACAAAAAUUCUCUUCGGACUCCAUGAACAUAAAAUCGGCUAGUAAUGAAAUUUGCCCAUUGUAGCAUC